ACUGACCAUCAACGAGGAGACCUGUUUAUUGAAGGAGCCAUGAAGACAGUAGCGGUAAUAGGGGCCGGAGCUAGCGGUCUCCCUGCCAUCAAAUGUUGUCUGGACGAAGGGCUCGAACCGACGUGUUUUGAACGGACAAAUGACAUAGGUGGUCUCUGGAACUAUACUGAAGAGGUCCGUUCCGACCAGGCAUGUGUGAUGAAGUCGACGGUGAUCAACACGAGUAAAGAAAUGAUGUGUUACAGUGACUUCCCAAUCCCCGCUGAAUACCCCGUUUACAUGCACAACACUUACGUACAGAAAUACUUCCGGUUGUACGCGGACAGGUUUGACCUAGAGAAAUACAUCCGGUUCAAUAACGAGGUAAUACGCAUAGUAAAACAUGAAAACUACGAAACUACUGGACAGUGGACGCUGCAAGUCCGCGACCGGAAGUCAAAGGAAGUCACUUCCCAUGUUUUUGACGCCGUUAUGGUUGCAACGGGACAUCACGCCCAAAAGAAGAUGCCAGAUUUCCCCGGCAUGGAUUCUUUCAAAGGGACCAUAACACACACACACGAUUUUAAGUCCACUGAUGACUACGUGAACAAGAAAGUGGUGGUUGUAGGGGUGGGGAACUCUGGCGGUGAUGUAGCUGUGGAGUUGUCACGUUUUGCCUCGAAACUUUUUUUGAGUACACGCCGCGGUACAUGGGUAAUGAAUCGAAUAGCUCACUCUGGAAAACCUGUGGACAUGGUGUAUACUCGCCGUGUCAUGGACUUCCUGAGAACCAACUUUCCAGAUCCUCUUGUGAACUUCGAGAUUGAAACCCGGCUAAAUGCCAGAUUUGAUCAUGCCAAAUACUCACUGAAGCCAAAGCAUCAUGCCUUCGCCCAACACCCGACUGUCAACGAUGAUCUACCGAAUAAAAUCGCUAACGGUUCAAUCAUUGUCAAACCAAACAUCAAACGCUUUUCGGAAACUGAGGUGGAGUUCGAUGACGGGACAAAAGAGGAAGCUGAUGCGGUGAUUCUCGGGACGGGGUAUGUUUUUGGUUUUCCGUUCAUCGACAAAUCUGUAUUAGACGUGAAGGAUAAUCAGAUCGAGAUGUAUAAAUAUGAAUUCCCUCCUGACCUUGAGAAGCCGACCUUGAGCGUGAUUGGUUGUUUCCAGCCUCUAGGAGCCAUUAUGCCACUGUCAGAGAUGCAGGCGCGACUUGCCACUCGAGUAUUUAAGGGGACUGUCCAGCUACCGUCCAGAGUUGACCAAUGGACAGACAUACGGAAGAAAAAGAUCGCCAUGCGUCACCGUUAUGUGGAGUCCACGCGCCACACUAUACAGGUGGAUUUCAUCCCCUAUAUGGAUGAACUGGCCGAGCUGAAUGGUUGCCGUCCUAAUUUAACUCAAAUGUUGCUGCUUGACCCUGCACUGGCUAUGAAGUGUUACUUUGGACCCUGUACGCCGUAUCAGUUCCGCCUCGAAGGACCAGGGAAAUGGGGAGGAGCUAGAGACGCUAUCAUGUCGCAAUGGGACCGCACGUGGGAGCCAAUGAAGACAAGGCCACUGGACAUCGAGGAGGACAAAUCCCAAACCAUGUAUAUCAGACUAGCGGCGAUUCUGGUGUUUCUGUACAUCCUGUGGUGUAUCGUUUUCUGA